AUGGGAUCAUGCUAAGGGACUUCUUUAGAUGUAUAAUAAGAUAUGAGAAUGAGAGAAAUCAUGACCAAAUUUUAAGUUCCUAUGCCAUAUGUAGAUGAGUAUAAAAUAUUCUAGACAAUGAAGUAGGUAGAAAUCAUUUAGCAUAAUAAAAUUCCUCAUUUCGACUUAAUAUAUUCGAAAAUGGGAGAUUCAUCGGAUAAAAUGAAGAAUCUAGUUAAGAAAUGGAGAACAAAAUACGAAUUGCAUAAUCACCCAAAUCUACUAUCUAUACACAAUGUUUCGAUUAUUGAAUCUAUGAAAAUAUUUAUACCUUACACCGACAUAAUACUACUAAUGGACAAACCAGUACAACCUCUAACAAGGCAUAAAAAAGUCAUCAUGAAAUAACCAUUUUCAUAGAAUGAGAUUUUGUUCUUAUUAGAUUGUGUAGUCUCUGGUCUAGCAUUUCAGCAAUAAAAUAAAAUUUAUCCGUCUGGAUUCGACAUUGAUGACAUUGUAACUGUUAAAACUCCAUUUAACACUGAAAUUUAUAAGUUGGUCGAUAGGUACUAGAAACCGAUUCGCACAAAUUUGUUUUAAGAUUUCAUUUAGCUCUAUGAUGAUAAAUAAACUUUGAACGAAUUAAAAAAAACAGCGUUAUUUUCUCCAGCUCAGAUUGAAGCUAUUCCAAAGAAAGACAAGUAUCUAAAACACAAUAGAUAUAAAUCAGAUGUGUUCAAUUUCGGUCUUAUUUUGAUAUACUUGAUAUAAGCUAAACAUCCAGAAGUUUAUGACUGGAAAAGGUGGUAAGUUGAUGAUUUUGCUUUGAGAAGGGUUCAAGAUGAUCUUAUCGUAACAAAUUUGGAUGAAUAAUUAUUACGUCUUAUUGAUCUGAUGUUAACAAUAGAUGAAAACAAAAGACCAGACUUCGUAGAAUUAGAUGAUAUGGUCAGUAAAUUAUUUUAAGGUCUCUAAAUGCAUCGAUUGUAAGAAAAAUAUUAAACAUAAGACUUUUUUAUUGUUUCAUUUGAUAAGCAUUUGGAAAACAAAAAUGAGAUUCUUAGUGACAAUAAUAUCUAUCAAACUAAAUAAUCAAAAUAACCUACCCCAAUUGUGUCAUAAAAUUUGAUAAAAUCAUCUUAAUAAUAAACAUAAUAUCUAAGAAUUGAAAAAGUUAAAUAAAACGAUAUAAGCCAAGCAUCUAUUAAAGAAUAAUAGAAUUAAAUUUAAAACAAAUUCGAUAAUACCCUAACUGUAUCAUAAGGAAAGUUACAUUAUUCAAAUGGAUUUUAUUACAUUGGUUAAAUAUGUAACAGAAGAAGACAUGGGGUAGGUACUUAUUAUAAUUCUGAUAAUCAAAAGGUUACUGAAGGGAUGUGGGUAUUUGACAUUCCUGAAGGAGAUGUUGUACAGUAUAAUUAACCUAAGGAAGAAAAGGAAAAGAGUCAUUUGAAUAUGUCAAGAAAAGAUUGGCUCCAGUAUAAGGGAUAAAUGAAACAGGGGCAAAAAAAUGGAAUCGGAGUUCUUUACUUUUCUGAUGGAUCAAAAUAUAUGGGCAAUUUCUCAUGUGAUUAAGCACAUGGAAAGGGCUAAUUUGAAUAUUAAAAUAAAGAAUAAAUUAUUGGAACAUGGUAGCAUGACAUAUUCAAUAGUUGA